CUGUUCUCAGCUAGAUGCGGACUCUAGAAUCAUAACAGUGCUCGGGCUGCGACUGAUGACUUUUCACGAGUCCACGAGAACAAAAGUCCACACAAGAACGCAUAUUGAGAAAGGGCAUAGAGUCUGGACUCCCGAGUCCGUAUCCUAUUCUCCCUUCUCGCCGUCUUAGGUACUGAGAAAGGGCCGUAGCUCAGAUGUGUCCUCACAAUUGGCGCCUUUAUCAGUAGCCGACAGAAUGGAACAGCCAAGCCGCAGUGACGUGUGCGGACAACGAAAUGAGACACAUCUAAAAUGUCUGCCGAAGAGUCUCACGUAUUAGGCGGUGUGACGGAAUCCUCGCGGGAGCGCGCCUUAAAGUCCGCGAGGCGGAUUGGGAUUGGGCCCACGAGCAGCAGAUGGCAGCACGUGCCUCCGGAAGAAGAAGACACAUUACGGAAGUAGAGUAGGUCCACGGCAGUAGAAUAUCUGGAGACAGAAUGGAGAGCCCGGAGUUAUCCUUCACUCUGGCCUAUGUGGUGCUCUCUCUCUGCUUCGUGUUUACGCCCAACGAGUUCCGCUCGGCAGGUUUAACCGUCCAGAAUCUGUUUUCGUCCUGGCUGGGGAGUGAGGAUGUGGGCUUUAUCCAGUACCACGUCAGGAGGACCAGCAUUACCCUACUGGUCCACUCCGCACUGCCUUUAGGUUACUACAUGGGGAUGUGUAUCGCAGCGCCAGAGAAGAAUCUGGGAUACAUUCACAAGCAGGUGAGUGACAGCUGGAGAGCAUUUCUCCUCCUCUCUCUCUGCAUCCAGUUGACCAGCUGGACACUUGUCAUCUACUGGUCUCGGCAUCAUUGGCACAACCAUCCAAUCUGCCGGGCUCUGCAGGCCCACAUCCAGCCUCCCCACCCCGGCUGGGGCUCUGUGGCAACCAGCGUAAACACUGAGUUCAGACGCAUAGACAAGUUUGCGACGGGGGCGCCUGGAGCCAGAGUUAUCGUGACGGACAGCUGGGUGUUGAAGGUGACCACAUAUCACGUCUACAUGGCCUUACAGAGUGAAUGUCAUGUGACAGUGACGCAAUCCAGGCAGCACCAGCUGAGUCCAGACAUGGCUUCCCCAGCACAGAUCUUGACCUUGAGAGUGGACAGCAUCAACCCUGCUGUCACACCCUUUGAUAUCAGGCUCAUCUCUUCCGAGUACGCUGAACUCAGGGAGAAGCUCCACGCGCCAAUCAGAAACUCUCCCAAUGUAGUGAUCCACCAAACCAUGAGUGAACUUUUCUUGGAAACAUUCAGGGCCCAUGUGGAUCUCAACCAACCGUACACGCUGCCCAGUGGACAGGAGGUGGAGCCCUGUAGUGGCUGUAUGCAGGUUCCAGCAAACACCAAGCUGGUCAGACUCUGCCAGGCAGAAGGAGCCCCCAACGAGUCGGAGUGCCAGCAGUGUUUCUGCAGACCCAUGUGGUGUCUGUCUUGUCUGGGUCGAUGGUUUGCCAGCCGCCAAGACCAGCAAAGACCUGAGACCUGGUUGUCCAGCAGAGUCCCUUGUCCCACUUGUAGGGCCAAAUUCUGUAUACUGGACAUCUGUGCGGUCCACUGAGAGGACUAAACGGAGGUUUUACCUGCUCAAAAUAAUCUAUGUUAAUGAGCAACAUGAAGCAGCAAACUCACAGACACUGACAGAGAAGCAGUGGACAGGACAAUGGACAAGAAUCAGUUGUCCACUGAUUUAUUCUGGGCAUUCAGUCAGGUCUUAAGAAACAUUUGUUUGGAACCCUGACAUGGUGUGCAUGCAUGAUCAAUGUGGCAUUUUGAGGAAAAUGCUUGUUUUAGGUAUCAGCACCAAUCAGAGAAGAGGGGUGACAUCAGUUCCCCUGAUCUCAACGUGUCGGGAACCCAUCCACAAUGUGUUGCGCUUAGCACAAAGUCCAAGGGAAGAAUGAAUAAAGAAGCAGACUGUAUGUAUCAAAAUGGUGUGUUGAGUCCAUGUUCAACUGACCUACUGCUACUCAACAUCAAAAUGUAAAUGCAACCUUGAGGAGAAAUCACAUGGUUAUUCAGGAAUAAUGUUUGAAUAGCCAAACAGAACCAAGAAAUUUACAUCUGAAACUUACAUCUGCCUCAUUUUUUUUAUUUUUUUUCAAAUAUCCUUGUAUGUUUACAAUGUGGAAGUAUUGAUACUUACCUAUGAUGUAAUUAUCAGGAUUUGAAUGGCAUCCUUUAUUGUAUGGAUGUGCCGAAUAUAUCGGUUGAAAAAAUAACAAUCCAUUUAAUAGUAGAAACUACUGCUUCCUAGUAAAGUGCGGCCAGUACAUAAGUAGGGUUUUGAAUUUAUAAUUUAUAGAAAAUGUUGUUAAAAAAAUACAGAGACAAUCAUGAAACAUAUGACACGUUGAAUAAAUACAAGCUUGAGUAUACAGUGGAAAGUUCAAACAAAAGAUCAUAUCUUUGCUAUCCAUAGCGUUGCUAGGGAUGUUAAUCAGAUUCCAUCCAAACACAUAUAUACAUAUUUUAGGAGGGCGUCUCGGGUCCUCCCACAAUUCUGAUUUUGCCUUGUGGAGAAUACUUAUGCUUAAAUGUAAACAACUGAAAACACUUAAUUCAGUCAGACAACACUAAAAAUAAAAAGUGAAUAUAAAUGAACUAUCCUUUCAGUCAAGCAACUUUCCACUGGGGAACCCCCCACCAUUAAUACCCACUAACAUCUGGCUUUUGCUUCUAAUGGAACUGAUUAUAAGUGUGUGUGUGUGUCUAUAUAUAUAUAUAUAUAUAUAUAUAUAUAUAUAUACACGGCUCAAUCCUACUGUGGCACACACUGAAGUGGAAAUAUAAUGAAUAAAAUCAACUGGCAUGUGUAGAAGUAUUAGAAUUUGUUAAGAUACAAAAAAAUAAUGAAAUGAUUGAUGCAUCUUUAAAAGUGCUCUUGAUACUUUCAUUUUCUUCUUGGGAGACAAAUACAUGUUGCUCUCCUCAUGAAUUGAGAAAUACUGAUACAAACAGUUGUUUAAUGUCUUCUUCCAAGUCUGAUAUAGCUUCAUACCAGCCAGGCAGAGGCUCUCAUGAAAGAAGCCAGCAGGUUGUAUUACUGGAAAUCCAGUGUCUUAAGAGUUUGGCGUGUAUUUGAAUUGCUCCCGUAGGCACGCAAUAAAAAUCUGGAUGUCUCACAA